AUGCUCACUGCCAACAAUACGGACGCUUUCUUUCAGACUGAUGCCGCGGGAAACUGGUGGUGCGUGGCGCUGGCUACUCGGUCUGGCCCGGCCUGGGAGAUGUAUCCUAUGGGCAGGGAGACUGUUCUGUCGCCAAUGACGUGGGAUGAGGGUGGAUGGUCGAUCAUCGAUCCAAUUCAAGGAACAAUGAGCGGACCCCUUCCGCCUAAUAACACAGAUCUUCCUGGGGACGGCUUCUGGGCUCAUGAAGGGGACGAAGAAGCUUUCCAUCCUGAGACACAAAUUCCAAGGCAGUUCCUCUUCUGGCGACCACCCAAAGAAAGCCUUUUAAAGUGUCUCCGGCCGGUGUCGCCAUCAAGAGUGAAUCUUACUGCGGAUUCCCAAUUUGAACCACUUGAAGAGGGGAUGGGAUUUAUAUCUCGGAAGCAGUCGAGCUCGGUCUUUCAAUUUACAGUCGAUCUUGAAUUUGACCCCAAGGAUGCUGAUAAAGACGCAGGAGCUACAGUAUUUCUAACUCAGUACCAGCAUAUCGACGUCAGCGUUCUUAAUACUCGUUCCUCUUCUACUAGAGAAUUGGAGCAAAAGUUCAGGUUCAGGCCAGAGGCUCUGGGUAAACCCGGAAUUGAGGUCCUGCCCACAAGAACAAUAACCGUCCCGCAGGCUUGGGUUGGAAAACAUAUCAGAUUUACCAUUACACUGGACGAGUGUCAGGCAUACAAUUUUACCGUGGCUCUAGUUGAUAAACCCGAUGACAAAAUUUGGAUGGGCUCAGCCAAUGCGGAUAUUGUAUCGGGCGGAUCAGGCCCUUUUCACGGUACACUUCUUGGCGUGUUUGCCGCGAGUAAUGGCGGCACCGGCAAAACUGCAGCCUACUUUAGUCGCUGGAGGUAUCAUCCAUUGAAGCAAGAGGUAGAAUCUGGGGUAUUUCUGCCAGUCCAGGAGUAG